AAAAAAAAAAAAAGGACCCCAGAACAGAUGACUUACUGGCUGAGUUCUAUCUAGCCUUUAAAGAACAGAGAGUCUUAGUGUUAUUCAAUGAUUCAAAGCCAUAGGAAGAAAGAUGGAGAACCCCUAAUAUUACAAAGUCAGCAUCAUCUUAAUGUUAACUCCUCAUAGACAGACCCCACUUGGGAAUAUCGAUUCUCAUUUGAAAUAAAACAUUAGCAAAUAGGAUCUAUCCAUGUAUCUAAAAGACUAAUGAACUGUAAACAAAUAGCUUUUAUUUAAGAACACAAGGAUUUCAGUAGCAGAAAAUUUAUCAACAUAAUGUAUUACAUCAACAAAUUAAAGAAAACGAUCAUAUUAAAAGACACUAAAUAGGGUACCUGAUAAGAUUUAGUAUCAAUUCUUAACAGAAAUCCAUAAUCUCUUUUCCAAAAUUCUGAUAACAAGAAAUCUCUGAAAAGUAAAAUGUUGGCCUGUAACUUUGGCAUUUCAUUUGCUGCUAAGGUUUAUGCGAACUGACAUAAAGAAACUACUUGAAUACAGAGAAGUGCUGUUCUUUACAAAUGUGAAGUAUUACAUGUUCUGUACGCGAAGCACGCUCAAAAAAAGAAUUAUGGAUUAUUUGUUAUUGGGGAUCUCUCCCCUAUAUUUAGAAUUACUCCAGUCUUCCUUUUUUUCAAGAUGAGUUUGAGGAGAAUUAAUAUGAGACAUGUGCUUUCAACUUUCUAGAAGAAAACAUCACUGCGUUUCAGUAAAUCUAAGACACCGCUGUUUGGAAGACUAACAUUUAUUCUAUGUAUCACUAAAAGAGAGGGAAAAAGGAUGCUGCUAUUUAUGAAUCAUCGUCGGGUGUAAAACACAUCGCAGUUUCAAGAGAUGUUGAGUGAAAAAAGGUGCAUCCCGGAAUCGAUGAAAUAUGAACACAUGUGAAAGCAGUCAGGAACUCUCCAUCAACCACACGGCCCUUCCGACAAGAACAGGGACUCAAGGAUGGGAGUGGUGAGCAGCAAAAAGCAGGUGAAGGAGAAAGGUAAGGGCCUCUGGAGCCCUGUGAAGGUCAGCACCCAGAGCCAAGAUCCCCCACCACUGCCUCCCCUGGUCCUGUUUAACCACCUGGCUCCUUCACCUCCGGACAUGCACCCAGACCAAGAGGAGCAUUUCGUGGUGGCCCAGUAUGACUACACCUCAGUGAAUGACAGGGACCUGCAAAUGCUGAAGGGGGAGAAGCUACAGAUAUUAAAGGAAGUUGGAGACUGGUGGUUGGCCAGGUCUCUCAUCACAGGAAGAGAAGGCUACGUGCCCAGCAACUUUGUGGCCCGAGUAGAGACCCUGGAGGUAGAAAAGUGGUUCUUUAGAUCAAUUAGCCGGAAAGAUGCUGAGAGGCAGCUUCUGGCUCCAAUCAAUAAGGCGGGCUCCUUUCUUAUCAGAGAGAGUGAAACCAACAAAGGUGCCUUUUCUUUGACUGUGAAGGAUGUGACCACCCAGGGGGAGGUGAUCAAACACUACAAGAUCCGCUCCCUGGAUGAAGGGGGCUAUUACAUCUCCCCCCGCAUCACCUUCCCCACUCUCCAGGCUUUGGUGCAACAUUAUUCUCAGAAAGGGGAUGGCUUAUGCCAGAGGCUCACCCAACCCUGUGUCAGCCUGGCUUCCCAAGACCUGUGGGUCCAAGAUGAAUGGGAAAUCCCCCGGCAGUCUCUCAAGCUGGUCAGGAAACUCGGGUCUGGGCAAUUUGGCGAAGUCUGGAUGGGUUAUUACCAAAACACCGUGAAAGUGGCCAUCAAGACUCUAAAGGAGGGGACCAUGUCUCCGGAGGCCUUCCUGGGUGAGGCCAACCUGAUGAAAACUCUUCAGCAUGAGAGGCUUGUUCGUCUCUACGCCGUGGUCACCAAGGAACCCAUUUACAUCGUGACCGAGUACAUGGCCAGAGGAUGCUUACUGGAUUUCCUGAAGACAGAUGAAGGUAGCCGACUGUCCCUCCCGAGACUGAUCGACAUGUCAGCCCAGAUUGCCGAAGGAAUGGCAUAUAUCGAGCAAAUGAAUUCAAUCCACCGCGACCUGAGGGCGGCCAACAUCCUGGUGUCUGAGUCCCUGUGCUGCAAAAUCGCUGACUUUGGCCUGGCCCGCAUCAUUGACAGUGAAUACACUGUCCAAGAAGGCGCCAAGUUCCCCAUCAAGUGGACUGCCCCAGAGGCCAUCCAUUUCGGGGUGUUCACCAUCAAAGCAGACGUGUGGUCAUUUGGAAUCCUCCUGAUGGAAAUCGUCACUUACGGGCGUGUACCCUACCCAGGAAUGAGCAACCCCGAGGUCAUCCGUUGCCUGGAGCGCGGCUACCGCAUGCCGCGCCCCGACACGUGCCCGCCACAGCUGUACCACGGUGUCAUCACCGAGUGCUGGCGGAGCCGGCCGGAGGAGCGGCCCACCUUCGAGUUCCUGCAGUCGGUGCUCGAGGACUUCCACACGGCCACCGAAGGGCAGUACGAGCUCCAGCCCUAGGCCCGGCUCGAGGACACGGGUCUGGCCAGCUGCGGCAGGGCCCGGAGACGGCUCGCGCCCCCCGCGCAACCUGUAGAACUGACGAGGCGUGUUCACCUCGAGGCUCUUACCCCAGCCCCAGGCCGACUGGAAGGGCGGGGAGGAAUUGAUAGGCCCGUUUCUAGAUGAGGGAAGGAGAGAGAGAGAGGCUGCCGCACAGGUGGGUCACGCAGCAUGGAGUCCGGAGGUCCCAUCGCAGUCCCACCCUUCUUGGGCUGUGUGACCUUGGGCAAGUUAUUUAGCCUCUCUGUGCCUCCACUCUUUCGUUUGUACGUUGGGGGAGAACCAUAAUAGUACCUACCUCCUUAUGUUCCUCAAGAGGAUUACAUUAGUUAACCCCAGUAAGAUGUUCAGAAUAGCGCCUGGCACACUCCUGGCACACCGUUAAGUGUUUGGCAUCGUUGUAAGACUCCCCUGUGCUGGCGCCCAAAGCGAGAAGUCGGCGGCAAGUGGCUAGGAAUCGCGCUGCUCCCACCUGUGCGGACCGCGCCCCGGCGCGGCUCCCUCUCUACUACCCCAGAAGCAGGACUGGGUCCCCCGAGAUGUCCGCUCCGAGAAGUGUCCACCUGCUUCGGCUCUGGGCAGGUAGCUCUGACCUAGACUGCACUCCAGCACUUUGGGACUCUUCUGUAAUAAAGUCACAAGAUCUGACCUUUGCCGUGUCGUUACUGGUGACAAGCCUGGACAUCGCUACAUGACGUAGGUGGUUUGCAUGAGUGGCACAGCAAGGGACUCGCUGUUGGCCCUGGGUUUCCGGUGGAGCUCCUAGCUCCAAGGACAGCACCGAAGAAGACUCCACGGUCAUUGCCUUUAGGGGAGACUUGAGCACGGCCAGCAGGUGGCGCCCUCACCUCAGCAAUCCUGGCCUCCGGGAUGCUUUGCUCCGACAGCGGUAGCUACAAGGGUGCUGGGUGCACGCAGAGAGGAGGGAGCGCCCCAGGCUCCAGUCUCGGGACCAGGCGCAUUAACGAUGCGCAGAUGAUCAGGCGAUGGUAACACCAAAACCGUUCAAGGCUUCACACUGCUCAGGCGGCUCGCUGUUUAUUUUUUGUUUUACUUAGAAUAGAUUUAUUAUAAUAGAUUAUUAUGAAAUAGAUUUAUUAUUGUAGAUUUUUUGAGCUUUUAGGUUUACUGAAAAAUACACGGAAAGUGCAAAGAAUGCCCAUCUACCCCUCACCCCGCCCCUCAAUUUUCCCUGUUACUAACAUCUUGCAAUAGUGUGGUACGUUUGUUACAACUGAUGAAACAAAUCGACACGUUAUUAUUAACUAAAGCCCAUAGUUUACAUUAAUACAUUAUUAGGAUUCA